GCGAGCAGGCCGUGGAAGAUGAGGAAGAAGAAGGCGCGCGCUGCUCGCCCUCGGCGGUUCGAUGGAGGCCAGCGUGCUCCCGCCGCUAUGAUCCCCGGACGAGCGCAAAAUUGAGCCCUGCCUGGGCACCGCCGUCGACCUCUGGGAGCACCGUGCGCUGCUGCGGGCUCCACCAUGGCGGCGGAACACCCGCAGAGAACGAAACUGCGCUACCAGAGCAACUCGACGUUCGUGCUCAAGCCAAAAUCGGCUGGCGGAGUGCGGCCGCGCUCGCCGCGCCAGAAGGGCCAGUCGACCACCCAAAUGGUGGCGAGCGCGGAGGUGUCCGACACGGCCACGACGGUGGCCACCGCCAUACCGGUGUCGUCCACCAUCAACACGCCGUCGGCACGCAACUCGUACAUGGCGCUCGAGAUGAGCGAGACGCCCGCCACCAUGAUGGGCGUGAGCAGCAUGGGUCCCAUGGGCUACCCGACAAGCUGCGGGAGCCCCAUCACCACCUUCGGCAGCAUGCACCCGGGUCUCCUCUCGGACAUGCGCGGCGAAGAGACGUUCGAGCCCGACUUUGGCUCUGACGGUCGGAGGCCUCGCUGGCGAGGGGCCUCGGCCAUGCGGUCGCGCUCCCGGCGGGCGGCGGGCUCCUCGAGCCGCAUGCUGCCACCCGACCGGGACUUCGACGCCGACGACGAGUCUGAACGGCGGGGCGACGAUCGCCGGGCGCGCCGCCGGCGCCAGGGCCGCAGGGGCCGCCGCUCCAGCUUCGACGAAGACGAGGACUUCGACGACGGAGCCGGCGGGCGCCUCGUGUGCACCUGCGGCGCCAGCAGCAGCGGCGGGGCUGCAUCCGCCGCCGCCGCUGCCACCGGGUUCACCAGCCAGAGGGCCGAGGACUUUGAGGACCUAUACGUGCUCAAGAAGACCGGCGAACGCAAGAAGAAGAAGAAGAAAAAGAAAAAGAAGCCUCCUCCUCCGCCACCACCUCCGCCGCCACCCCCGCCCCCCGGAUUCAUGGGCAUGCUGUGCGGGCUGCUUGGCUCAAAGCCGCCGCCACCACCACCGCCUCCGCCACCUCCCCCAGAAGAGUCCAGCUCCGAGUCAGAGUCCGAGUACGAAUCUGAGUACGAGCUGAGGAGGCUGGACCGUCAGCAGCUGGAGCACUUCUGCCGGCAGAUCGACUUCAAGCAGUUCAUCAAGUUACCCGAGCCGGAGAAGAAGGAGGAGAAGAAAGAGGAGAAGGAAGAGAAGAAGGAAGAGAAGAAGGAAGAGAAGAAAGAUGAAAAGAAGGAAGAGAAGAAGGACGCAAAGGCCGCCACCGAUGCCAAGCCCGCCGCUCCGCCAACGCCCCUCGAUGUCAAGGUUCCGGUCAUAUUCGUUUUCGGCGGCCCCGGUUCCGGCAAGGGCACGCAAUGUGGCAAGAUCGUAGAGAAGUACGGAUUCACGCACAUCUCCUCCGGGGAUCUGCUGAGAGCGGAGGUGCAGUCCGGCAGCGAUCGGGGCAAAGAGAUGAACGAAGUGAUGAAGAAAGGAGAGCUCGUCCCGCUGGACAUCGUGCUGCAGUUGCUUAAAGAGGCAAUUAAGAAGGACGUAGAAAAAUCUAAAGGUUUCCUCAUCGACGGCUACCCCAGGAACACCGAGCAGGGAGACCGAUUCGAGGCCGAAGUGUGCAAAUGCACGCACCUGCUCUACUUCGAGGUGAAGGACGAGACGAUGAAGGGUCGGCUUCUGAAGCGAGGCGAGACGAGCGGCCGCGUCGACGACAAUGAGGAGACCAUCACCAAGCGCAUCAAGACCUUCCACUCGGAGUCUGAGCCUGUCCUCGAAAAGUACAAGGCCAUGGUGCACAAGGUCUCGGCCGAAGACGACCCGGACAAGGUGUUUGAAACGCUCGUUCCGUUCUUCGACGAGAUUACCAAGCCAAAAUAACGACAUGUCUCAGCAGUAAAUAUUUUCUUUUCCUGUCUU